AUCAUCCAUUCAUUCAUUCAUUUAAUCAUCUAACCAUUCAGUCUUCCAACCUCUGCAUGUUUCCCUGUGAAUCUCGCUGGACAAUGACACUCUCACAAUAAAACUGUGCGGCAGUGUGCUCAUAAAUAUCCCCUUCCUCCUAACCAUCAUGAUGACAUCUCAAUUUGCAUCCUCUGGUUUGUCUCAAUUUCUUCCCUUCCCUUCCUGCGUAAGCACUAGCAAUUAAAGUCGCAGAUUCCUCGUGGUGACCAUUCUUCACCAGCGAUCUACAACAAGCCAUAACUGAUUCUAAUUGUAAUUCUGACUCUGCUUAAUCGGCGGCGCUAACAUGGCAGGGAAGGCCAAAAAGACUAUCUCCAAGACAGUGCAGACUCCUCUGAGGCUGACUUGCCGUGAUGAAGACACCCAUUCGCCAUACACUGACCAGUUCUUCGCCGACAUGGCCACCAAGAUUGCAGUCACGUUUCCGUACGAGGAAUUCGCAGCUUGUCAUGGUUGCAGCCCGAGCCAUCUUGCCGGGGCUAUGAGUGCCCUAGUCCUCGCGCCUCUCUCGGAUCCCACCUUCACACAGCAUAGAGAUCGCAACCUAAGCAUUGCACAAUACGGGCAGCACAUGAUAGCGAUGUGGGGCGCUCAUUUUGAGCAGGUCUUGCUGACUGCCUCUGGGAAAGCAAAGAAGCGGUCACGAUUGAGGCUAUCUGCUAGCACUGUCCCCUCUCCGCCUGAUGCCCCGCCCCUAUCCUCCGAUGUACUUUUGCUAUCUGUCAAGGAUGUUGCGGAGGGGAAGCCAACAGGCACCAGCGAAGACUCUGAAAGAUCUCCUCAUGACAUGUCUGCUCCCCAGUCGGGCUCGUCAACAGGCCAGAAGGCUAUCACCACAGGCAUGAAGCGUCAACACGCCCGAAGCGUCGAAAGAUCGGCCCUUCCUCAGAGAAGUAUCCGCCUCAGCAGGGACCGGAAAACUUCAUAG